GGAGGGGCGGGCGCCGGGCGGGCGGGCCCCUUGCGGGCCGCGGGUGCCGGGGCGGGCCGAGGCCUCGGGGAGGGCCGCGGCGAGGGCAGGAGCGCCCGCCGCCGCGCGGCCCCAUGCUGCUGCCGCUGGCCUGCCUGCACGGGCGGGUGGCGCAGUGCCUGACCUCCCUGCUGGUGCUCGCAGAGCCGCCCCCCAGGCCCCGGCGCGGCGCGAGGACGCGCGGCGCGGCGCCGACGAGCGCGGAAGCCGCCCCCCACGCCCUGCGCGCGAAGAUGGCCGCGGAGCUGUACCCGCCAGCUGGAGCGGCCGCCGCCGCCGCCACCGCCACCGACAUCGCCAACAGCAACGCCGCCGGCGCGGCCGCGGGCAGGAAAGCCAGCCCGCGCAGCCCGCCCCGCCCGGCGCCCGCCCCGCCGCCGCCCGCGCCCGCGCCGCCCGCGCCCGACAAUAACAACCCCGAGAGUCCCAACUGGCAGUCCUUCCACCCGACGCUGCGCGAGAGGAACGCGUUGAUGUUCAACAACGAGCUCAUGGCCGAUGUCCACUUCAUCGUGGGGCCGCUGGGGGCGGCCAGGCGGGUGCCCGCUCAUAAGUACGUCUUGGCUGUAGGCAGCUCUGUCUUCUAUGCUAUGUUCUAUGGGGACCUUGCAGAGGUCAAGUCAGAAAUCCACAUUCCUGACGUGGAGCCGGCAGCGUUCCUGGUUUUGUUAAAGUACAUGUACAGUGAUGAGAUCGAGUUGGAGGCUGACACGGUGCUGGCCACUCUGUAUGCUGCUAAGAAGUACAUUGUGCCUGCGCUGGCAAAAGCUUGUGUCACCUUUCUGGAGACAAGCCUGGAAGCCAAAAAUGCGUGCGUCCUGCUGUCCCAGAGCCGGCUGUUCGAGGAACCAGAGCUGACCCAGCGCUGCUGGGAGGUUAUUGAUGCACAGGCUGAGAUGGCCCUUCGGUCUGAAGGCUUCUGUGAAAUUGACCGGCAGACGCUGGAGAUCAUUGUGACCCGUGAGGCCCUCAACACUAAGGAGGCAGUGGUCUUUGAGGCUGUCCUGAACUGGGCUGAGGCAGAGUGCAAAAGGCAGGGCCUGCCAGCCACCCCUCACAAUAAGAGGCAUGUGUUGGGGCGAGCCCUCUAUCUGGUCCGGAUCCCAACCAUGACUCUGGAGGAGUUUGCCAAUGGUGCUGCCCAGUCGGACAUCCUGACCCUGGAGGAGACCCACAACAUCUUCCUGUGGUACACGGCUGCCAACAAGCCCCUCCUUGACUUUCCCCUGACCAAGAGGAAGGGCCUUGCUCCGCAGAGGUGCCACCGCUUCCAGUCUUCUGCCUACCGCAGCAACCAGUGGCGGUACCGGGGGCGCUGUGAUAGCAUCCAGUUUGCUGUGGACAGGAGGGUGUUUAUAGCGGGUCUGGGCUUGUAUGGGUCCAGCUCUGGGAAGGCUGAGUACAGUGUUAAAAUUGAACUUAAGCGGCUGGGGAUGGUCCUGGCUCAGAACCUGACCAAGUUUGUGUCAGAUGGAUCCAGUAACACUUUCCCGGUCUGGUUUGAACACCCAGUCCAGGUUGAGCAGGACACCUUUUACACUGCUAGUGCUGUCUUGGAUGGCAGCGAGCUUAGCUACUUUGGGCAGGAGGGGAUGACAGAAGUACAGUGUGGGAAGGUGGCCUUCCAGUUCCAGUGCUCCUCAGACAGCACCAAUGGGACAGGGGUCCAGGGCGGGCAGAUCCCAGAGCUCAUCUUCUAUGCUUGAGAUUAGGAGGCACCUGGAGAGGGCGAGUCCCCCAAGCACAGGACCGUGUGGGAUGCUGCCCAGGGCCUGACAUUAAGGGCUUCCCUUUCUUACUCAGCCCAGGUGUGGGAAGCAGGUGCUUCUUCCAUGCUGCCUGAGCCUGGUGGCAGAGUCUCAGGUGUCUUCUGUGCACAGGGUGCACACCGCAGGCAGAGGGCAAACUGGGACUUGGUACAGGCCCUGGCCACAUCCCACAGUGGCACUCAAGCUUUGGGUCCUUGGAUGUUCCUCCCUCCCUUUUGGAUUCCACAGGACUCCAAGCUUACCUUGAGAUCUUCCCUUUCAAAUCCAAAACUACCGAAAAGUCACUUAAAAUAGUUCAUCUAUUUAAGUGGAUUUUCAUAAUAAAGGUUUCACGAAACAAGAGCCAAGUGUAGACAAGUGACUGCAGGAGCUGUGAGCUGGGUUCAUUCACACAGCUGGCCUUGUGGGGAGAAAGCCUGUGGUGCUGAGCCAUGCUGAGUGCUUACCCAGGGGAACCCAUCUGUCCCCUCAGGGCCCUGUGUCUGGACUGGCUUUCCCUCCCUGGUUGUGGCCAGGGUUCUGAGGUCAACUCUGGCUAUUUCUGCUUCCCACAGCAUCACUAGCACCUCAGACAGACCCUCUGCAGAAGGCAGAUUUGAUGGUGGGCCACUGUUAUCCACUGCAGGGCAUACCAUGGUGGAGCUGACUCCAGGCCCUGGCCUUUGUCCUCCUGGGCCAGCACUCCAUGGUACUUGCUUGACCUCCAAAGGGAGGGGCAGCCCCAUGGGCAGUGCAGUGGCCUUUGGUGCAGGGUGUGGGUUCAGCCCCGUGUGCAUUUAACUGUGUCCCACUGGCCCAGCACCAGGGGCCCAGCCCUCUGCCCUGGCCCAGGUGGUGCCUCUUCAUCAUAAAACGACAAUGCCAGAUGCUGCUAAUGGGCAAGCCAAGGAAACCAGUUUUGGGAAAGAGAAAAGUGCUUCGAGAACACCUGCCUACAGGAGCUGCCUCUCAUCCCAUCUGUGAGAAAAUUCUGCCUUCUUAAAGGUACCUGGUGGCCAGGUGUGUUCCUCAAACCCUGUUCAAACAAGACAGGCUCCCAGCACGCAGCGCCCUGUGCAUUUUCCUCCAUGUACACUUGGCAGGCACGGUGGUGUGCCCUCUAGUGCUGCACCAGCAGUAAAGCCCGGCUGUGCUCCUGGCAGAUUUUAAGAGUCUUGCACUUCUGACGUGGCAUCCCUCCCCUGGUCCCAGAGGCCCUGCAGUCACCUGCCCAGGCCCGGCAUACCUAUGGCUGGCGCGUUGAUGCAGAGCUCCCUUGCCAAGAGCAGAAACGUCUUCCCCAGCACGUACACGUUCACCUGUGGCAGCAAGAGCACAGCCAGAAAUGCAUUAGUGUUUAAGGAAAUGCUUGCUUGUUUUCUUUCUCAGUCAUUUAAGAAUCCGCUAUCCGAGCUCCCAGCUGGCCAGUGGAGCACACCACCACCCAUGCCUCAGAACUAGCUGUCUCCACUGACCCCCAGGUCCUGGAGACCACCUCCCUCCUAGGUAGCUGCCUAGGCUCCACUCCACUGUCAAUGACUGCAUCCUCCAUCUGCUUAGAAAGCCCACCUGCAGGGUGCCUGAGUGGUGCAUGGUGCACUACUCAGAACCAAGACCUGCUAUUGGCACUUGGACCAGCCACACCACCUCCACCCCACGCUUCCAGGGCCCAGUGAUCCACCCUGGUUUCGGAUUUCUUUUGGGAUCCUGAUCUGUUCCUACCUCAAGGCCUGCUGCCCUGAUCUUAUCCCCAGCCAUUGCUCUCUUCUUGCCACAGUGGGGAAGGAGUCACAGGGAGCAGGGCUGUCCUGAGGGCUGCCUGGUGGUGGUGGGAGCACCAUCACUUGUCAGAAAAGCAGGGACCUGACUGCAUGUACAACCUCCAAGCACAUGGCUCAGCACCUGGGUGCAGCCGGCUGCUCUGGGAGCCAGGUGUUGACCAUAGGCAGGCUGUGGCGAAGAUACUUCUAAAUAGGAUCAGAGGGUGGCCAGUCUUUCAGGUUGGGUAGCUUAAACAACAUGCAGGGCAGGGAAAGCCUAGUUCCCACCCUAGGCCCAUGCGAGGGCUUUAGUGUCUCAGCCUGAGCCUGUGACUCCUAUUCUCAGGCUUCACAGGCCUCCCCAAAGAAAUUCCUUGCCUGAUCAAGCCCAGUCCUGAACAAGGACCCUUUUCCUGCACAAAGGUGACACCCCCCCAGGGGCUUACAAACUCCCAAGGGAUAGAGCAAGGCAUCUACAUUGGAGGCAGGAACUGGAGGGAGUGCUUAGGACGUGUCAGCUCCGGGAGUUUGUCCAGUUGGGAAGGCCAGGACUUGGCUUCCACAUCCAGGCAGCAGGUGACUGUUACUGGUCACUUCAAGCCCUGGCUAGGUGCAGCAGUCUCCAAAGUGCCCUCCUGGCAGCUUGCAGAAUUCCUUCUGAAAGAGCGUCACCAUCUGUUUCCAGGGUCCAGGAGUUCCAGGGUCUGUCCACCGAACAGUGGUAUGUGGGCAUGUGGCAAGUGUAAGUGUGCGUGAUGGUGUGGGUGCAUGUGCCUGAUGUGAGCACAUGCACACAGUGUGGGGUGUGCACACACAGUGUGACCAGGGUACUGGCAGCAGUGUGGGCAUACUCUUGACAAGAGGAUUCCCGCCCUUGUUUUGGACCCCACC